AUGGCUGACUCAGACUACUCGCCACAGAGCGCUGCUUCAGAGCUCAGGAAAACUUGCAUCAACACCUUCAGCCGCGCGGUCAAUGACUACGAAAACCUCCACAACAUCUUCAUCCAGUGGGCUUUGAUGCUCGACAGCGGCCGCGAGCCUCACGCUAUGCUCAUCUCCAUCUUCGAAAGGGAAGGAGAGUUCUCGCCUGUUCAAGAGAGCGUUACGGAUAGUGGGAGCAGGUAUCGAGUCAUUGGGUUCAUUGAGGAGGGCAAAAUUCGCUUCCGGUGCGAGCUUAAGGAGCUCCAAGGCUACUUCACUGAGGAUGGGAAGGGGUGGAUUGCGGAGUUGAGAGUUCAAGAUCGGACGAGGGACACCGGGGACAGCGGGAGCAAUGAGAGGAUCGACGACGACGAAGACGAAACCAACGACGAGAGCAAAGCCGAUGCGGAGCCCGAACCCACGACCCAGGACAAGAAGACCGACAAGCAGCUUUCCCGCCGCAAGAAGGGCAAGAAGUCUCACAAGAAGCUGACGCCGGAGAAGUUGCGCGAACUCCAGCGAGCAGCCAACCUCGACGCGUUGCGUGAAGCGGCAAAGGUGCACUUCGGAGAUCGCUUCGCCACGAUGGUGGAAACGGUCGUAGACUUGAGAAGUGCUGCAGACAGGGAGCAAGCAGAGGAGCUCUUCGAGUACGAUACGGUUCUGGUCACGAGAGAUGGAGGACGGGUGGGAGGAGAGAUUCAGUUUCUUCGUGGACUGCCGGAUCAGCUGCCUGAUCCACAGUGA